AUGCCCCUCAAAAUCCGUCGCGCGUGUAUCGACGAUGCCCCUGCGCUCUCUCGCAUCUGCUUGCUCACAGCCGACUCUGGAGGAACCGCAGAGCACCUCCAUGAGUUCCCCGAGUUGCCCGGACUUGUUUGGGCAGUCCCCUACGUGACUCUCCCCACCACAUGGGGCUUCGUUCUGGAGGAAGACGACGGCAAAGUGGUCGGAUACAUUGUUGGCUCUCUGGACACAGCCACCUACGAAAACUUUGCGCGCAAAAAUUUGUGGCCAGUUCUUGCUAAGCGGUACCCGCUCGAAGGGAUGUCUUUACCUGCCGACCAAGCAUACGCUCGUCUUCUUCAGGACUUCCGCCAACUCCCGCAAACAACGCUCGAUUUUGCGCCGGCGCACUUGCACAUCGAUAUCCUGGUAUCCCAUCAAGGCAGAGGCUGGGGGCGGCGGCUUAUCGAACAUGCUGCUCGACAUUUACAGCAAGAGGGUAUUGAAGGAGUGUGGCUGAUCAUGAAUCCGCGUAAUAUUGCCGCAGGCAGCUUCUAUCGAAAAUUAGGCUUUGAGAGCAUUAUGGGGUCACCGACAAAUCAUCUUGGGCUACGGUUUGGAACGAUGGCGUGCUGA